ACCUAUAUAUAAGCAGUUUAUAAAAAGUUGAGGGUUAUAGUUUUUGAAUACGUAUUUUCUCUCACUCAUUUGAAUGUAGUUGCAGUGAAUAUCAAUAUAAAACUCCAUAAAGGUACAUCAAAGGAGUACAGCAAAUUUGAGAGUACAUAAUUUUGAUAAUAGAUCUAUGAACAUUGACAAUUACAUUGAUGAGCCGAUUGAUUUAACGAUUAACCAUACAGAUGCAUUGCAACAAAGUAGAAAAAAAUGCGAAAUGGUAAAUUUGCGUUUACCAAUUAAUAACGACGUUGGAAAAGAUUACAAAAACUUUCCUUCAAGUUUAGGCGUUACUGAUGAUGACGCCCAAGGUAAUCAAACAUUCACUCAAACGAAGCAACUUGAAAUAUUGAAAGCAGCAAAAUCUUUGUUUUCAAAGCGAACUAGAACACUGUACCAUUGGAUGUAUCCCAAUUCAUCUAAACAACAAAUCAAAACAACGGUUUCAACUUCUUGGGACUCGCUGGCCGAAAAUGAAAAAGCUUUUUAUAUUUCCCAGGUGCUUGGAAGAUUUGGGUUCAGCCAGAGCAGUCUUAUGGUCAAUCCUCAACUUUGUUCUCUGAAGGAAAUACCGCCAUCUAUUAAAAAAAGUGAUACGAGACCGAAGACUAGGGAAUUGCAAAAUGCUAUCUGCAGUAUUACCUCCGAUUCAAGUAGUGCACCAGUCAGGUCACUAACAUUUGAAGAAUUCGAGGCUUUGAGGCAAAAGAAUCGAAAGAAACGGGGACGUCCAAAAAUGGAUAGGAAAGUGAGGAACGUUGAACAAGAGUUUCAGGAUGAUCCGGAGCUGAGCUGUGAACUAGAAAAAUUCUCUAUUCAGUUCAAUAUGAAUAAGUUUUAUUGAUUAAUUAUUUUUUGUGUUCAAUUAUUUCGUGCAACAAUUAUGGUCUUCUGUAGAAUUUGAUAAUUUUUAGUAAAUAAAUUAUUUGAAG